GCCGGCUAGUCCUCGGAUGGGACGACCGGUACGCAUCGACAAAACCGCCAAAAUGCGUACUUACGACGAUACCUUCAGCGGUGCGAAGAUCUACCCUGGAAAGGGAAAACUUUACGUCCGUGGCGACAGCAAGAUAUUCCGCUUUCAAAAUGGCAAGUCGGAAAGUUUGUUCCUUCAGCGCAAGAACCCUCGCCGCAUCGCAUGGACGGUUCUCUUCCGAAGAGCUCACAAGAAGGGCAUCUCAGAGGAAGUCGCAAAGAAGCGUACCCGCCGUACAGUAAAACACCAGCGUGCCAUCGUCGGUGCCUCGCUCGACGUAAUCAAGGAGAAACGUAGCAUGCGCCCGGAAGCGCGCGCUGCUGCCCGCCAGGCUUCAAUCAAACAAGCGAAGGACAAGAAGGCAGAGUCUGAGGCCAAGAAGAAGGCCGAAAAGGCAAAGUCUGCUUCUGCUGCUUCUCGUGGACAGACUUCGCGGAUUGCAAGCAAGCAGGGUGCGAAGGGUGCGGCAUCAAAGCCAAAGCCUACGUCGCGUUAAGGAAUGUGGUCUUUGCAUCAUGGAUUGGGAACAUGGAUUCCAGCGUUUGAACUUGCAUGAAUGUCGUCCUCAUCAGGUAUCUUUUCUGAGCUGUGGCUGCUUCGAAUCAUAGGGGCUGGUUCAA